AUGGUGAUGACCCAAUGCCAUGAUGGUAUCACUGCUGGACAUGUAGGAAGAGAUGCUACCAUCAAGGCAGCUCAACGACAUUACUGGUGGCCAAACAUGACAGCUUGGAUUGCAGACUAUGUAGCAAGUUGUCCUGUAUGUGCUAGGUACAAAGCUCCUCAUCAUUGUCCAUAUGGUUUGCUACAGCCACUAGCAACACCAGACAGGCCCUGGGGCUCCAUAUCCCUCGACUUCAUCGAAGGACUACCACCAUCGAAGAAGUAUGACUCCAAGACCUAUGAAUCUAUCUUAGUCAUUGUCGACAGGUUGACCAAGUUUGCCAUACUAGCUCCAACCCAUAAGACAGUCACGGCCAAACAGACUGCAGUGUUGCUAUAUGGACACAUGGUUAGACUCUUUGGAUACCCAGAUCACAUGGUCUCGGACCGAGGCAGGCAGUUCAUAUCAGGAGCAUGGAAGGCAUUUGCAGAACAAAUGGGUGUGAAGCACUCACUUAGCACAGCCUACCAUCCUCAAACUGAUGGUCAGACAGAGAGGGUCAAUCAGGUCAUCGAGCAGUACCUAAGGAUGUACUGCAACUAUGAGCAGGAUGACUGGGCCGACCUGCUGGACACUGCAGCAUUUGUAUACAACAACAUGGUCCACAACAGCAUUGGUGUCUCACCAUUCUUUGCAUGCUAUGGAUGGAACCCCAAAGCUCAUCCUGAUAUCCCUCAACGACUAGGAGUCAAUGAUCCAGGUCGCUUCAAGUACCUCAUGGAUGGAAAGGAGCGUUGCAAGUACCUCCAGGAGCGGAUCAGAGAGGCACAAUGUAGAUCAGUAGACCAGUAUAACAGGAAGCACAAGGACAUUGAGUUUAAGGUGGGUGAUAUGGUCUAUAUCAACCGCCGAAACUGGAAGACACGGAGACCCACACCCAAGUUGGAUACCCGGUUUGCAGGACCCUACCCAGUUCAGGAACAGCCAGCAAGAACAAGUUCUCUUCCUCAACGUGCUGAACAGCCCACCAUACCAUCACUUCCAGAUGAGGACCUCGACUUCGAAGUCGAAGCACUCAUCGACAAACGUUCACACAAUGGGACUACAGAGUACAAAGUGUUGUGGAGAGGGUACUCAGAAGAAGCUGCUUCAUGGGAACCAGUAGAGAACCUCAACUGCCCCGACCUCAUCCAGGAGUAUGAGGUGUCGGAGGGGGGACGAGCGAGUAGACAAAGUAGAGAAAGGAGGAGAGAACAGGAGGAGUAG